AUGCUAAUAAUACUCCCUCUUCUACUAAUAAUGCAAAUAAUUAUGCCUUUUAUAAAUAUGACCCUAACUUACCUUUACAAUAAACACCUAAUAAUAUUUCAUCGCCCAAUAAUAAAUCUUAAUGCUUCUUUUCAUAAAAAAUUUCGAACUAGAAAAAUGAACAGAAUUUUAUCAAUAAUUUAUUAGAAAAAGAAAAAAGUCCUACUUUUAAAAGAAAUAGAAAUUUAAGCGAUUUUACUAGCAGCUCGAACUAGAAACAUCCAAGUUCUAUCAAACUAAGAUCUAAACACAUAUAAAAAUCUUUGGAUAAGUAAGAUUAACAAAUAGGACAAUAAAAUUUUGAUGUUGUAAAUUAAUUAACACCCAUAAAAUUAAAUAAAUUUGUCAUCAAAAAAGAGGCUUCAUAAAUACAUCCUAAAAUUCUUAGCGAUUUAAAAGAAUAGAUACAAAGCUAAUGUUAAACAUUAUCUUAGAAUAAUCACAAUACAUUAAACAUUAAAUAUCCUCUACGAUCAAACUAUAUAAUUAAGCAAAAAAAUGGUCAGAGUCUUACAAAAUCUCAAACUUAUUAAAUUUAAUAAUUAACUUCUACGUUUUAGCCAAAUAAUUAAAAAAAAUUAAAUAAAGGAGAAUUUAUAACUCUUUUUUCUAGUAAAACACAAUAAAUUAAUGUUUAGCAACCUAAAUCCAUAAUAAAACUCAAUAGUGGGUAAUAUCCAAACGAGUAAAAUAUAGGAAAAUUGGCCAAUAACUUUGACACAAAAUAAAUUAGUCUUUAAAAAAGAACAAUAAAUGUAAAAUCACCUGAUAUUAAUGAUAAAAGCAUUACUCCUGUUCCUUAAAAAGAAGAAUUCAAAUUCAAUUAAAAUAUUUAGUAAAGUACAUUUACCAACCGAAAAAGAGCUCUUAGCAAUAUGGGCAUUAAAGUGUCUUAAAAAUAGGAAAAAGAUGUUUAAACAGAUUUAUAGGAAUUAAAUUUUCAAACUACUCAUCCUUAUUCAAGUAUAGUUUAUAAAAAGAUUUCUGAAGACACUUAGUAGAAGCCAGUUAUUAAUAUAAUUGAAGCAAAAGGAGAUUUAUUUUCAAGCAAUUAAAAUAAUUAAGUCAAUUAGAUGA